UACUACCAUUAUGAAAUUAAUACAUCUUUUUCUUGUUUCAUUAACCCAACCCCAAUAACCAUCACAUUGCCAGCAUUUGGUUUGGCUAUUUUGAAAAUAAUAUGAACAGAAAACAAAAACCUUGUCCUCGACACUAGGGAAAGAGAUUUCUGGUAUAUGAAAAAUAUGAAUUCACCCACUUCAGUUCCAGUUCCUCAACAAUCUUCCCACCGUGAUGAAGUCUUAAUGCAGCAGAGCUUGGUUUUUGCAGAUAAUCUUAAGGAUUUGAAGAAUCUGAGGGAACAGUUAUAUUCUGCAGCAGAAUAUUUUGAAAUGGCCUAUACUAAAGAAAUGCAGAAACAAAUAGUGGAAGACACUUUGAAAGAUUAUGCCAUUAAAGCUUUGGUCAAUACAGUGGAUCACUUGGGCUCUAUAGCGUACAAGAUCAACACUUUCUUGGAUGAAAAGAUCAAUGACUAUUCUGUAAUGGAGCUUCGUUUGUUUUGCCUGGAACAGAGACUGCGAACAUGCCAAGACUACGUUAAUUUAGGGGGUCUUUCACAGCAGUCAUUGGUGUUAGAAGCACCCAAGCACCAUAAGCACUACAUAUUUCCAGGCAUUCAAGCAAAACCUGCAGAUACCCCUUCUGAGCAUGCCGGUGAUGGAUACUUUAUGUUACGGUCUCCACGGCAUUUUCCAAGACAACGCCCCCAGUUGUUGACCAGUGUUUCAAUGAACCCGAGACAAGAUAAACAAUCAAGCUCUCCUCGACACAUUCCGCUGCCACGAACUGUGUCUCUUAUGCCCAGAUCCACUUCUCCCAACACUAAAAAAAGGUACCCGUCAGAGCCCCGAAGAACAGUAUCGUUGUCGAUGGUGGGCGAAGAUGUGGAUCAACAAUAUUCUACCAAAAGCAAACGUCUUUUCAAGGCCAUGCUCAGCUUGCGCAAAUCCAAAAAGGAUCUCUCUUUUCACAAAUUCUUGGACGAUAAUUGAGAGGAAAAAAGGUUAAGCCAUUAUAUUUCAUCAUGUAUUACUCAACAAUUUAUUUAAUAUAUUAUUCUAUUCAUUUUUAAAUCCACAAUAA